AUGGAUGCUCUAAUCCGCGAAAGUUUGUUUGGACGCCUCUUGAAUUUUUUGACCAGUAACAUGGUCUUGCCAUAUCCUGAUCUUGUGACACCUAAACUCGAGACGCUGUCAACUUCAGCUACGUCGGCCACUUCGGUGACGCCCGAGUCCGGCAAACAACUGCUCGUUGAAUUCUCAGGUGACGAUGACCCAGACAUGCCCAGGAACUGGUCACAGUUAGCAAAGACACUCGUCAUGUUGGAUGUGAUGUUCCUGAAUUUCAGCUUCUAUGCCGGGUCGGCAAUUUUUACACCAAGUAUUCCCGGUAUCAAGGAUCAAUUCGGCGCCACGACUGCUGAAGGAACCCUGGGGCUAUCACUCUUUGUCAUUGCCUAUGGCAUUGGACCUUUGUUUUUAUCUCCACUAUCAAAUCUCCCAGCUAUCGGCCGGACACCGGUGUAUUUCCUAGGAUCCCUCGUCUUUUGUCUGUUAAACAUCGGAACGGCUUUUGGAAAGAACAUUGAGACUAUCCUUACACUAAGAUUUCUUGGUGGUUUCUUUGGAAGCGCCCCGAUAAGUAUUGGAGGAGCAACUCUGAUGGAAGUAUACGGGCCGGGUGAAGUGCCGUAUGCGAUUGCUUUAUAUGCAGUGAGCGGGGUUUGUGGGCCGAUUUUAGGACCGAUAUUGGGGACUUUAGUGGUGUUCGUACCUUCCCAGCUUUAUACCCUACAUAUGGUUGCUAACUCAUGUAGCGAGCGUUGGCAAACUUGGACAGCAAGUUUAUGGCUUCUUGCUGGAAUUACCGCUUUCACAACGUUGUUCAUCUUCUUUUUAUUACCGGAGACGCUGUCUUCCAACAUUCUUCUUCGUCGAGCGCAACGCCUUCGUACACAAACACGAAAUCCUUCACAUCGAAGUCAAUUUGAAAUGGAUACACCAAGAACGAGCUUGGGCGUCAUGAUUUUCGAGCAGAUAGUGAACGAUCUCAAGAUAUCCUGCAUAGAUCCGGUGAUUAUUUUCGUGAACAUACACACCAUGCUGAUAUAUGGCAUUCUCUAUCUGUGGUUUGAAUUCUUUCCGUUUGGUAAGACCAUCCUGUCUAAUUUAGCAACUUUAAACCCUGAGCUUAUGAAACUUCUAUACUCGUGGGUUUCUCCUAUUAUUGAACCUGAGGGUCCGUUUAGGCUUAUAUGUUCUUUGACAGUUGCGUUUUUCGGAAUUCUCGUCGGUGCAGUCAUAUCUGUUGUGGCAUACGUACUCUGGCUCCGAUUUUCCUACCAGCCUCGCAUGUCUAGGCCAGGAUUCAGCGUCGAGCCCGAAGCAAGACUAGUCCCAGGACAAAUCGGUGCAAUUUGCAUUCCAAUCUGUUUGUUCAUAUUUGCAUGGACAUCACGACCAAGUGUACACUGGGUUGUUCCAAUAAUCGGUACCGCGUUUUUUGCGCCAGGUUUCUACCUCACGUUCCAGUCUAUUCUCAAUUAUCUUGGUGAAUCUUAUCCGAGACACGUUGCAAGUGUGUUUGCCGGUAAUACCUUUUUUAGGAGCUCAUUUGGGGGUGCAUUACCAUUGGCUGCCCCUCGGAUGCUGCAGUCUCUUGGUAUUGGCUGGGCAUCCAGUACGUUGGGAUUCAUUUCCAUCGCUAUGCUUCCGCUUCCCUUUGUUCUGGAAAGG